UUGUGCGAAGCGUCUGCGCACUAGCACGUGUUCUGUCAUUUGAAUCAUAUGUGUUUAUGAAAACAGUCAGGAAAAUCGAUAAACGCGUAAACGAACAGUUUACUGCAAUGUGGAAAGUGCGUUCCAGUGAGACUCUGGAAGAAAAGAAAACAAAAGUUAGUGAACGAAAAACAAAGAAAUGUACAUAUUGCUAGUGUUUUGUAGUACGUAAUAAAGGUGUAAAAAAAGAUGUUUAUGGACGAUAGUGGUAUCGAGAGUGGCGACAAGCUGGAAUCACUGUUCAUCGAUGAACUGGCCAGUUUCGGGGAGAACCAUCUGUUAAAGGAUGCUGCCACGAGCGUUCUAAAAGCGGGCCUGGAUUCCGAUGCAGAAAGUGACAUUUACUCCAAGCUAAACGAUUUCGAUGUCGUGUUUGAGAAUCCGGGCGAAAGGCAUGACCCUGUUCGGGCUGCUGUAGCGGCAGCUGCUGCACCCGUGCCCGAUUCGGAACGUCUUCCUUCUGGCCAACAGCAGCAAUAUCCGUCCAGUGCUAGUGGACGCAAGGUGCUAACCAGCGACAACAGUACCGAUUCGUUCGCUUCCUCAUCGGCUACUUCCAGUGGAGCUACGGUGCCUUCCGGUGCGAACGGGGACGAUGGUUCGCAACGAGACCACAGUUCGGUGGCGCAGCUAAGCACGUGCAAAAUAUUGCAGCGUAAGCUGGAACUAAAGGUAGAACGAGCCAAACGCAACUACAAGCAGAUGUACCAGGAUGGGCAAGAAUCGAUAGAAAAAGAGCCUAAAAUUAGUAGUCUCAUACCGAUAUCACGGCUUCCGAUACCGGCCGGUCGGGAUAGCCAUCAGCUGGUCGAUGUUAAUACGGGCUUUAACAGUGAUGAAGAGUUGGAGAAUGUAUCGUUCUUUCCACGCCACAACCGUAAGGAUAGUGGCGGUGCACACACCCGUCAGGAGUUGUCCGACACGUUCAGCAUUCAGGAGAUGACGAUCGAGUCGGACAAUGAUGAUCUGGAUUUUGAACAGUGUCGCAAACUGUCCGACAGCAAGGGCUACAGGAAAAUUCUGAAUCGUAGCAAAAGUUCGACCGGGCAGGAUGAUUAUCUGGAUAACGAUACGCUGGACGAGGAUGACGACUCGCAGAAUCUGGAACUGUUGCCACCGAAAGGUGGAUACGCACUGAAGGAGCAACUGCGGCGUGUGUUUUGUUGCUGCUGGAAGAGUAACGAUUUCUUGUAAAGGGGCUUGCAAUGCGUGGGAUCUGUCAGGGAUAGACUAUAUUAACGUUAAUUUUGUUUAAUUGUGGGCUUCCGAAAUGGUGGUAGUGAUUGUUUAAGAAAGGAAGCGUUAAGUAACUGCUAUCUAAUCCGCUAGACAACAAAUAAACACUUCCAGUCGGAAGCUAUUAUUAUUAUCAAGCACAA